AUUUUUUGAAUUUUUUCUUAUUUUUAAGAUGAUUUUAAGUUCGAUAUAUAUAUUUUUUUUUUAAGUGCACGAAUAAUAAUUAAAUAAAAACUUUGUGCUAGAUUUUCAUGUGAAAAAAACAAGAAAAUGUCUGAAUUCCAAUCUUAUGAUGUAAGUUCUGUCUAUAAAGAUGAACACAAAAUAAGUAAAAUAAGUAAAGAUACAUUAAAAAUGCACAACGGUAAAGAUAACAAAGAAACAAAUUAUUCUACUGAUCAAAGUCAUCUACACGGCCAGUCAGUGUCUAUUUUGUCAUUUACAUCAGAAAAUAAAAUCAUAAUUAAUGAGGAAGUUUUAAAGCAAACAUUUGAUCAUCCAGAGCUACAGAAUCGAAAAGUCGUUGUAUUUUCAAUUAUUGGUGCAUAUAGGAAGGGAAAAAGCUUCUUUUUGGAUUAUUGCCUUAGAUUUUUAUAUGCUCAUUACUCGUCAAUAAACUAUCCCAAAAAUUCAACAUUAAAUUCCAAAAAAUGGAUGGGCGAUAAAAAUGAUCCUCUCACAGGCUUUUCAUGGCGCUCAGGGUCAGCUCGUGAUACAACUGGCAUCAUAAUUUGGAAUGAUGUAUUUCUUCAUACAAACGAGGAAACAGACGAAAAAAUUGCAAUUGUAGUCAUCGACACUCAAGGUCUUUUUGAUAAUGAAACCACAGCGAUGGAUAAUUCGAGAAUUUUUGCAUUGGGAACUCUAAUUUCAUCAAUACAAAUUUUGAAUUUGUCUGGAGUUCUUCAGGAAGAUCAGCUGCAGUACUUGCAGUUUGCUACUGAAUUUGCGAAAUAUGCAAAAAUUGACAAUAAAUUGUCAGAAAAGCCUUUUCAAAAUUUGAUGUUUCUCAUUAGGGAUUGGGCACAUGCUGAUGAAAAUGAAUAUGGGAUCCAGGGUGGUGAUGAAUAUUUAAAACAGUUUCUUAAUACUAGAAGCGAUCAAAAUAAGGAAUUAAAAUCUGUUCGAGAAUUUAUUCAUAGUUCAUUUGAUAAAAUCGGCUGUUCAUUGCUCCCUUAUCCAGGAGAUUCAGUAUUUGGAAAUAAAAAGAAAAGCAAGAAUGCAAAUAAAUACAAUGGAAAUUGGGGGGAAAUGGACGAAGAUUUUAAAGAUGAGCUUUUUUCUCUUAUUGAGUACCUACUCAAACCGGAAAGACUCGUUCUAAAAAAGAUCAAUGGAAAAGAUCUUAAAGGAUCUGAAUUUUUGAAAUAUGUCCUUCAAUAUUUCAAGCUCUUCCAAUCUGAUAAACUUCCAAAAGCUCAAUCAAUUUAUGAAUCGACAGUUGAGAAGCAAAUGAACAUUUUGAUUGAGCUAUGCAUUAACAGUUAUAAAGAAACAAUUCAUUUUAAUCAGGAAAUAAUAAUUAAUAUUAAUGAGAUGGAUAAAUGUAUCAAAUUGCUUCCAUUGUUGCAUAAAAUGAGUAAAUGUCAAACAUUACUAAUGUACAAUGAAUCAAAGAAAAUGGGAAGCUCUGAACAUGAAGUAAAGUUUAAAGGAAUUCUUAUUGAUCAAAUCGAAAAGAUUUACCAAGAAUGGGAAGCUCAAAUGAAAGAAAAUAUGGUGAAAAUUGAUAAAGAAAGGAAAAAAACUCAAAAAGCUUUAGAGGAAAAAAAGACACUGGAAAUAGAAAAAAUGUUUAAUGAGAAAACUGCAGCCGAAAAACUUGUUGAAUAUGAAAAAUUAAAAGCAGAAAAAGCACUUGAAAGUGAAAGGCUAUUAAGGAAAAAGCAAGUUGAAGCAAUAAAAUUGGAAAUUGAGAAAGAACGUCAAAAUAAACUCGAAUCUGUUAAAAAAGCUGAAGAGGCAAUAAACAAGCAAUUGGAAGCAGAAUCUGAAGCAGAAGAAUGGAAGAAAAAAUAUGAGGCAACGACAAAAAAUAAAAGCUGUAAUAUUUUAUAAACAAAAAAAAUAAUAUUUAAUAAAACGCAUUUAAAUUCCAAUUAUAGUCUUUAUUUUAACAGCUGCAAAUCUUUGAUUAUUUAAAAGCUAGGAAUUCUAUCCUCUGGACGUGUUGCAAGAUACUUUUUGACUCCCUCAGAUGCCAUUACUUUUUCAUAAACCUUCUUCAAGCUUGGAUAAUUAGCAAUUAAAUCACUUCCCAUAAGAACAUUACAAUAUUCCAUAACAGCGAUUGCAUAAACAUCAGCCCAAGUAAUAUUCCUUAAUGCCAAAUGUCCGUCAUUUUCUUUUGCUUUUUGUUCAAGUUUUUCCAAAUAAAAUGGAAUCACUUCGUUUACGAGUUUUUCAUACUUUUCAUCCUUAACUUGCUUGUCAAAGUAGUACCACAUGGCAAUCUCUAUAAAAUAAAAAAAAACAUGUCUAAAUAAUUUUUCUGUGGAUUCUGGGUCUUG